CACUGCGUCAUCACUACACUUAACCAACGGACUCGUCAGCCCUGCUCAACCGAUGUGCUGGUUACUGACUGAGCAGUCUGACGUCCGGUAAAAAGAGCUUGUUGCCGCUGCCUACUGUUGUGGUGUGUCCUGUUGUAUCCUUGUUGCUGUGACAAUGGGAGGCAGAUUCCAGGUUCUUUCAGCUCUUCCUCUGUGGUUGAGCUUUGGCAGCGCUGCGGCCCUGGUUGAGCCUCAGAUCUGCUACAUCCUGGACGCCAUCUUGUUUCUGUACGGUAUCAUCCUUACCGUGCUAUACUGCAGGAUCAAGUAUUUCCCACAGAUGGCUCCGGUGACUGGGACAGCAAAGCCAGUGAAUGCAGAGGAGAGCAUCUAUAUGGGAUUAUCUCCUCAUUCUGCAGACACCUACCAGACCAUUGGUCAGAAGAAAGGAUUGCACUAGUCGAGGAUGAGUUGAAGAAAGAGAACGUUUGACUCUUUCCAUUUGUUAAAUCACUUUUGUCUUUCCAUGCAUUUCCAUUGCAUCUUAUGUAUUUUAUUUAACAGCUUUUGGGCGAAAAUGUAACGUUUUUUUUAUUUAUUUUUUAUUUGCAAUUCAUAUGUGAAAGCCUCCUUUGUAUGUUGUGGCAUGUGUCUCGAAAGAGAGAGAAACGUGAGAAGAGCAAAAGAGGGAAGAAGUUGAGCAGUGGGUAAAAAUGUAUUUACGAUUGGUUUGACAGUAGCUAGGUUUGCAUCCAAUUUUCGACAGAUUUUCAUGUAAAUAUGAUCAAAUCUGCAUAAAAUAAUAUGCGCAUUUUCCCACCAGAAAUGUUUGACUGACUUUAUGAUACAAUCCUGUGCGUGACGACGUAGUGCACGUAAAAAUAUAUUUUACGGUUAAAUUCCCAUGUACCGAAUGAAAAAUAUAAUUUCUAUCGCAUUUUCAACUCUGCUGAUAAUUAGUCACAAAAACUGUUGCAUUGAAUAGCAAAUGUACCCGAGUUGGUCUUGGCACAUGCGCUCUAGCCAACACCUAGCAGAUACAGUGCGGGUAGGCUACCUAUUAUGAGAUUAUUAUGAAUAAGAGCGAUAUUAUUUGUAUUGGUCAAACCUAAUCAUCGUUCAUUAUCUCAAUAAGACCCUCGAUGUUAAUUGUAUAGGAGCAAGCAAGCCAACACCUUGUACAUUCACCACCCUGUGAAGUUCAUAAUGUAUUUAAUCUGUAGCCAAAUAAACUGCAUGCUUUCCCGAGACGUAGUGGGAGAACCACACAACAUAUAAUUUCAUGACCCCCAAAUUUACUUCGAUAUGAUGGUUAUUAUAUCAAUAUUUGCGCAGAAAACGUUUCCACCGCCAUUUCUCACCGACAUAAAAGUAUCCCACCAUGUCGAACGAACAAACUGUCUUGUCAGUAUAAGAUUGUACAGGUGUUGUGUCAAAAAUCUCCCCCUGCCAGUACCCCCCCCCCUUCUAAUUUCCUUCAUUUUGUGGCUAGAGUCAAAUACUUUCUGUGGCACACAUCAGAGUCAAAUACUUUCUAUAGAACACAUCAGAGUCAAAUACUUUCUAUAGAACAAACUUCACGUCAGACAACUGAAAUUAAUAAUCAAUGUAUGUGUGUUAUAAUUAAACAAAGGAGGGAGUAAAAUGUUGGCAAGGAAUAAACAUUUCAGAACAA